AUGGAGAUCCUGGGUAAUAGGAUUGCGUGUUUGGGAGACUGCGCGCUGGAGAUCGAUUACCGCAUCGCCCGGGCUUGGGCCGCAUUUCACAAGCAUUACAGACUGCUCUUGUGCAGGUCCGCGCCGGUCAUGAAGCGGCUCGACAAGUUACGCGCGUUCGUAUUGCCAGCGCUCUUGUACAACAUCGGUACUUGCCAUGUGUCGAAGAAGCAUUUGUCACGCUUACGUGGGGUGGAGCAGAAGAUGAUGCGUAGAGUGCUCUGUUACCGUCUACCAUACUCCAUAGACCCGCAGGCGGACGUGGAGGAUUGCAUGGCCAUCUCAGCACAGAAGUUCAAGAUGUACCGGCAGAAGGGGCUCCUGGUGCCCGUGCUGGAGGUGGACGGCCAGGCGUGGGGCCAGAGCCAGGCGCUGCUGCGGUGGGCGGGCCGGCGGGCGGGGCUGUACCCCGAGGCCCUCCAGCUUCAGUGCGACGCCGUCGAGGAGGCGCUCGUGGACGUGAGGGGCCUGCUGCGGUACGGCCACGUGCUGCGUGCGCCCGGGGUCAAGUGCGUCCCUCUCACCGAGCCGCAGCAGGCCGAGGCGGCCCAGGCUGACCGUUCGCACGGAUCGAAUCUGACCGCCCGGCCGAAGCGCCCUCGCCGAGAGCAGGCCCGCCGGUGGCCGCGCCGCGCCCACGACCGCACGGCCACGCAGCCCGAUGUGGUCCAGGACAGGGCUGCUGCUGGUGGCCGGUGUGCACAGGUGAUCCUUGGCCGUAUUGCACCUCGCGGCCCGGGGUGCUGGCAGGCGCGCAGCUGUGGCCACGUGUGCUUCGCCCCUGGGCUGCUCAGCACGGCGAUCAACGAGACGCUCCUGCCACAGCGAUUCGCCGAUCUCGAGAGGGCCCUCGCGCGGUCCGGCGGCCCCUACUUCUGUGGCGAGCGGAUGACGAUCUGCGACCUGAGCUUCUACGUUCUAGCCGGUGGCAUCCUCGACGGGAGCUACGCGGAGGGCGUGUCGCCGGCGGUGUUGGACGGGUGCCCCGGGCUGCUGGGGCUGCUGGAGACCGUCGGCGCCCACCCGCAGGUGCUGGAGUGGAGCCGAGCGGCGGCGGCGGCGGGGGUGGCGCUGAUCGGGAGCUGCUGCCCGCCCGCCUAA